AUAUAGUAAAGAAGGGAGUGUCAAAAGACUUGAAAGCUUUUCAUUUUCUUGCUAACUCUCAAUAUGUCAUUCUCCAGCUUGGUGGAUGAUAUCAAUGCCAUGCUCAACACAGCCGAGCCACCUUCCGAUAAGUGUUGCAUCUACAAGGUCCCCUAUGUUAUUCGCAGACACAACAAAGACGCAUACACCCCCACUGUCGUUUCCAUUGGCCCCUUUCACCACGGUCACCCCCAGCUCCAAAACAUGGAAAAUCAGAAACUCAUUUACUUCAAGGAUUUUCUCCAAAGAACCAAGGCAUGUUUAAACGACUUAGUCUGCUACAUAGAAUCUGUCUUAUCUGAUUUCAAACGUUGUUAUUCCGAAACCCUACCAUUUUCUCAUGAUGAACUUGUUAAGUUAAUCUUAAUCGAUUCCGCUUUUAUAAUUCAACUUUUUUGGAGAUACUAUUAUGAUCGUCGGUGCAUUCUCUUUAAACCUUGGUUAGAUAAUGGUAUAAGAUACGAUUUAUGGUUACUUGAAAAUCAGCUUCCCUUUUUCGUUAUUGAAAAAAUUUACAGUCUUUCAUUGACUAAUGUUCCUACCACUAUGAUCCAUUCUUUUCUUAAACUCACUAUUCAUUAUUUUGGUUAUUACAAUAAAUCAAAAUUGGAUUUUGAUAAGGGUGAUAUUAGUAUAAGUCACUUCACUGAUCUGAUUAGGAUAUUUCAUUUGCAACAUCCUAUUGAAAGUCGGCCGAGUAGAGUCAGAGAAUGGAUGAAACAUCCACCGAGUGCAACUGAGUUGUUAGAAGCUGGAGUUAGAUUUAAAGUGAACACUGAAAGUAAGUGUUUACUUGACUUGAGGUUUUCGGGAGGAGUUCUUGAAAUUCCUCAAUUAUUAGUUGCGGAUUCGACCGAAACUUUAUUUCGGAAUAUGGUUGCUUUGGAGCAGUGUCAUUACCCUGAUGAUUCAUAUAUUACCGAUUAUCGUUCUGUUUUGGAUUACCUUAUAAAUACUGCUAAGGAUGUGGAUAUACUUGUUCAGAGCGAAAUACUGGAAAAUAUGCUUGGAGACAGUGAUUCUGUGGCUAACUUGUUUAAUGGUCUUGGCAAAGAUAUUAUACGUUCUACAAUCAGUUCUCAAUUCUCUAUUCUUGGCAAAGACUUAAAUGCUUAUUGUAAGAAUCCAUGGCAUAAGUUGAAGGCUACUCUCAGGCGUGAUUAUUGCAAAACUCCCUGGCAAACUGCUGCUUCCAUUGCUGGAAUCUUACUCCUUGCUCUCACUUUACUUCAAACAGUUUGUUCUUGCAAGUAGUACAACAACCUAAUGCUUUGCAAGUUUGUUCUCAGGCGUGAUGUCUUUCAUUGUUAAGUUCAUAAUUAUUAUUAUUAUUAUCAUCAAUGUACGUAGUUUGUUUCAAUAUGUUUCAUUAUCUUUUUGUGUUGCAUCAGAUUGAAAUUGUAAUUUCAUAUAAAUAGGUGUUCUGCUGAAUAAAAGAGCAACUUGAUCA